AGCGAUCGCGGCCCGGCCCGGCUCGGCGCAGGCUCGGCUCCCGCCCGCCUCGCAGCAGCGAGCGCCGCUGGGCCGGAACCGGGCCGGGAGGCGGAGGGAGGAGCCCAGCCCGCAGCGCGCAGCCCUGACGGCGGCGGGACAUGGGCCCCGGGAGGCCGUGAGCUGCAGCCGGGCCUGCGGGGCUGCCCCUCCUCCCCGGAGCGGGGGAGAUUCCUUCUCGGCAGGCGUCACUUUCCCCCCCUCUUCCUUGGGACUAAGGAGGGGGGGUGGCUGUUUUCUUGCUUUUCUUCUUUUUUUGUUGGAUUUUUUUUUCCUUUCCUGGAUACUUCGGGUGACGGCGAGAAGAGUUUCGGGGUCGUUUGGAGUUGUGUUUUUUCCCGCAUGCCUCCCCUGGGGCGAGGCUGGAGCCCCCCGCUCGGCGCAUCCCGGGGGCCUCGCUGAUAUCCCUGCAGCGAGAGUAAAAUGUGAAUUGGGGAACGCGACCUCCUGCCAAGGGCUCCAAUGAGUGGCACACAGUCCACAAUCACCGACAGGUUUCCUCUCAAAAAACCGACAAGACAUGGCAGCAUUCUGAGCAGAGAGUCUCCAGCUGACAAGAAGCAGAAGGUCGAGCGCUGCAGCAGUACCCACGACUUUGACCCGACAGAUAGCUCCUCCAAGAAGACAAAGUCUAGUUCAGAGGAGAGUAGAUCCGAGACGUAUGGUCUUGUUCAACGAUGUGUUGUUAUCCAACGGGAUGAAAACGGAUUUGGGCUGACAGUUAGCGGAGACAAUCCAGUCUUCGUGCAGUCCGUCAAAGAAGAUGGAGCAGCAAUGCGGGCUGGAGUGCAAACAGGUGAUAGAAUUAUCAAGGUGAAUGGCACUCUGGUAACACACUCAAACCAUUUGGAGGUGGUAAAGCUGAUCAAGUCGGGUUCCUAUGUAGCUCUAACUGUUCAGGGGCGCCCGCCGGGGUCGCCCCAGAUUCCAUUAGCUGAUUCAGAAGUGGAUCUGGCAGCGUUCGGGCAUAUGUCUCCCAUCAUGACAUCUCCCCAUUCGCCUGGCACAUCGGGAAACGCAGAAAGGAUCACUAGCCCAGUGCUUAUGGGGGAGGAGAAUAAUAUUGUCCACAACCAGAAGGUGGAGAUUCUGAGAAAGAUGCUACAGAAAGAGCAGGAACGGCUGCAGUCUCUGCAAGAAGAGUAUAGCCGGUCAGCCACCACGAGACUGCUGAAGGAGAUACAGGAAACGAAGAAGCACAUUCCGCAGCUGCAGGAGCAGUUGUCCAAAGCCACAGGCUGCACUCAGGAUGGAGUCUUAUCCUCCAGGUCUGUUACGGAGUCGCUGCAGAUCAGUGAAGUGGAGGCAGAGAGCAGGGAUUGUGAGAACAAACUGGAUUACAGUAGCGACAGCCCUUCCCGACCAAACAGCGACAUUGCUGAUAGUCCUCGCAGUGGGUUGAAGGAGCGGAUUUAUCUGGAUGAGAGCCCAGAAAAGACUGAGAUUCAAGAUGCUGAUUCCCAGUCCAUUGUUGGAAGUCCUUUAUCCCGAGUGGGGCCUCAGAUCAUUGGAGCCGAGGAUGACGACUUUGACACUGAACAGGAGCAGAUUAAUGGACAAUGCAGCUGUUUCCAGAACAUUGAGCUCCUGAAAUCUCGCCCAGCUCACCUGGCUGUUCUUUUGCAUCAUGUGGUGUCCCAGUUUGACCCCGCAGCAUUGUUGUGCUACCUUUACACGGAUUUGUACAAGCAGACCAACUCCAAAGAGACUCGGCGUGUCUUCCUCGAGUUUUACCAGUUCUUCUUGGACCGAGCUGCAAAUCUAAAAGUUCCAGUUCCAGAUGAGAUCUCCUUAGAACUAGACAGAAGGCGGCCAGAACUCCUUCCUGAAGAGCUUCAUCGCCAGUUUAUACAAACUAUGCAAGAUAAAGUCUGUCCAGAAGUUCAAAGGAAUCUGGAAGAUUUCAGGCAGAAACGUAGUAUGGGAUUGACCCUGGCCGAAGGAGAGCUAACCAAGCUGGAUGCAGAGAGAGUUCGUGACCGGAAUGCGGUGGAGAAGGAAAGAGCAUGUGCAGAACAGAUUAUUGCUAAAAUCGAGGAAGUCUUGAUGACGUCUCAGCCUUUGGAAGAAGACAAGAGUUCCACAAUGCAAUAUGUGAUUCUGACUUACAUGAAACACCUGGGAGUCAAAGUUAAAGAACCUCGAAACCUGGAGCAGAAGCGUGGCCGGAUUGGUUUCUUGCCAAAGAUCAAGGUACAAAGUAUCAAGAAGGAAAAAGAAGGAGAGGAAAAAGGAAAAAGAAGAGGAUUUCCUAACAUUCUGGGCCCACCAAGAAGACCAAGUCGACAUGACAGCAGUGCAAUUGGCAGGGCCAUGGAAAUGCAGAAGCCCCGCCAUCCCAAGCACUCACCUACAGCGUCUUCUGUGAGCCCAGAGCCACCGGAUUCUAGCAAGAUGCGCCAGAGUGGGUCCUCCAGUGAUGGAACGGAUGCACCGUACCAACCUGCCAACCCAAUGUCUCCUUUGGCAGUGGGUCCCUUUUCCUCUCCAGAGGGAAGCAAGGACAGCGAAACAGGUUUGAAGCAGGCUGGAGAUGCUCCACCUGCUAAUGACUGUGUGGAUAGCACACCCCGCACGCCUAAUAACACCUUUGAGUUCCCAUCUCCGUUGGAAAACUUGCAGGAGGAGGAGGGAGAAUCGGAGAGAAUGGUUGACAUGGGAACACCAAAGCCUUUCCGCAAGAUGGACAGCGUUGGUUUCGCAGAUGUACAAAGUGAAGACGAACUGUAUGAUUUUGACGUGGACGUGGACCCUCCCAACUGGCAGCAACUUGUGAGCCGAGAAGUGUUGAUGGGAUUGAAACCCUAUGAAAUCAAACGCCAAGAAGUGAUUAAUGAACUGUUUUACACUGAGAGAGCUCAUGUCCGCACGCUGAAGGUUCUGCAUAAUGUCUUCUACCAGCGUGUUACCCGGGAAGGGAUCCUCAACUCCAGCGACAAGCGGAAAAUCUUUUCAAAUCUGGAGGAUAUCCUUGGUCUUCAUGUUGCAUUGAACGAUCAGAUGAAAACUGUCCGAAAAAGGAACGAGACUUCUGUAAUUGGCCAAAUUGGGGAGGACUUGCUUUCCUGGUUUAGUGGACCAGCGGAGGAGAAGCUGAAGCAUGCAACUGCCACCUUCUGCAGUAACCAGCCCUUUGCUCUAGAGGUCAUCAAAUCACGCCAGAAGAAGGACUCUCGCUUCCAGACUUUUGUGCAGGAUGCUGAGAGUAAUCCGCUGUGUCGCCGGCUGCAGCUGAAGGAUAUCAUUCCCAAGGAGAUGCAGAGGUUGACAAAGUACCCCCUUCUGCUGGAUAACAUUGCAAAGUACACAGAACUGCCUGAAGAGAAAGAGAAAGUGAAGAAAGCAGCAGAUCAUUGUCGUCAGAUCCUUAACCACGUGAACCAGGCUGUCAAAGAGUCGGAGAACAAGCAGCAUUUGGAAGAUUAUCAGCGUCGUCUUGACCUGUCUUACUUGAAGCAGUCUGAGGAUCCCAUGAUGGAUGAGUUCAGGAACUUGGAUUUAACGAAGAGAAAAAUGCUUCACGAAGGACCUCUCAUUUGGAAGGUUAAUCGUGACAAAACUAUCGAUCUCUACACUCUGCUUCUGGAGGACAUUCUGGUUCUGCUGCAGAAACAAGAUGAUAAACUGGUACUGAAGUGUCACAGUAAGAUCUUGGCAUCAACAGCUGAUAGCAAACACACCUUCAGUCCAAUCAUCAAACUGAACACCGUUCUGGUUCGUCAGGUGGCAACAGAUAACAAAGCUUUCUUCGUCAUCUCCAUGUCAGAAAAUGGCGCUCAUAUUUAUGAACUGGUGGCACAGACUGUGUCAGAAAAGAAUGUGUGGCAGGAUCUUAUAGCUCAGAUGGCAGGGACUGUAAAAAUGGGGAGCGCUAGAAGAGUGAUUCCGCUGCCGCAGUCAGGACCUGGCGAAGAAGAGCGUGAAGAAGAGGAGCAGCAGAAGCUCAAAGAGCAGCAUGACAUUCCUGCCAGUAGUCUACAAAGUCCAGAUAAAGAUUUGGGCCUCGAAUCUCCCUUAAUACUCAGUGCUCAGUCGUCUUCACCCAUCAUGUCUGAAAAGUCCAAGGUGGAAAGUCUUCUCGUGUCAGAAGGACAGUUUGACAAAGUGCAGCAGGCAGACCUGACACUGAAAGAUUCUUCUGCAUGCUAUGAGCACACAGCCGCCGGUUUACCCUCGGUAUCAGAAGGGCAGUGGGCGUUGGAUGCGUUAAGGAACUUGGGCCUGCUGAAACAAUUGUUGGUACAGCAGCUUGGCUUUUCUGAGAAGGGAACCCUUGAAGAACGGCAGCGCUUUCCCAGGUUUAGGACCAUAUCUCAAGAAGCCCAAACGGAGAGUGGGAGUGAGCCUGGACUACAGCACUCUGACAAUAACAAACUUCACCAGCCUGGAACAGAUAGAACGCUUCCGCGAACUAAUGAGUCCACGGCUAGUUAUGACCUCCGGACUUCGGCUGAAUCGCCCGCUCCAGGGGAUGCCAUGCAGCUGGUGGGGAGAGACCCCAGGUCAAGUAGUAACUCAGCAAUAGACCGCAUGAGUAUGAAUCUGGAGAUUUCAGCCACGGAGCUGGAAGGGGUGGGUGCUGAUGAAAGCGGGGAGCAUUUUUUUGAUGCUCGAGAAGCUCACAGUGAUGAAAAUCCAUCUGAAAGUGAACUAAUGGAAAGGAAGGAGGAAGAGGAUGUGCAAAUACGGAUCUCAGGAAAUUAUUUGAUCCUUGAUGGAUAUGGAACAGUGCAAGAGAGCUCCACAGACGAGGAGGUAUCGUCUCUAGUUCUCCAGUGCUCUGCCGGUGGCCUCACCUCUUUGGACUCUGCCCAGCAGCAGCCACUUUCCCCGCGGGACACCCAGUCAGAUGGAGGAAGCUCCCCGUUUGCUGAGGAGGUGAUGGCCUCGCGCUGGGGGGGACUGGAAGAGUCCUGCUCCUUUGGAGCAAGCCCUCACUUCUCUCUGGAGUCACGCCGGCAGGUGAUGCAGUAUAUUCAGAAGAUAGAGGAUGACCUUGAGAAGUUAAAGGAGGUGGAGGAAGACUACACCAUUCUCCGACGCCAAGGGCUGGCUGGAUCAGCCUCCACGGGAGAGCACUCAGACAAAAGCUAGUCGUGUUUGCAGGAGUGGCUGAAGAUUGGAUGAAGCGUAUCAGGACACAGCACCCGCUGUCUUCCUUUGUGGACUCUGAGACGAGUGGGUUUGGACCAUCCAAACGUGACCCAUACUUUAGGAAAGCGGGCGUGGGGUGCUUUUCCUGUGGGGCAUCUGCACUAUCUUGUCAGUGAGGGAGUCUGUUUUAUUCUUGUCCUCUCCUUGCUACCAGAAAUUCAUUGUUCAGAACAGAAAAACCAAACCAAAUGUACAGAGCUUUGGGUGUAGGAUAUAAAAAUGUAUUUAGACAUUUAAAAAAAAAAUCAAUGUAUUUAUUUGACUUCAUUCCGUGUAUCAAAAGCACAUUUUAAUUUUUUAAUCUGCCUUUUUUUUUUUUUUUUGUUCUAUUUCAAUUGGGUAAUGACAGUUCUAGCGCUCUGCAUACAGUACCCCCUGCCUGCCGCUGCUCCUGAACCAAAGGUCAGGGCUGAGGGGAGAGGGUGUGCCUGUGUGCAAGUGGACCUUGUCUUCGCUGGACUGGACUCUGCCUUCCCUGCUGGCAAUCAAACUGCCACGCGAAGAGCUACUUAUGAAGGUGUUAGGAUGACUUGUGGCUGGAACUAUCUGUAUUGGAGAAUUGCAUGGGAAACGCUCAUGUCACCGCGUGUGUAACAAGACAUUUCCAUGCACUAAAUACCCAGGCACUUGAGAUGGGAAAAUUCCCUUUUCCCCUCUCCCGUUAGGGAUCUGCUUUGUUGAUGUGCAGGAUCAGACCGGGAGAAGAAAAAGAUAGGUUUAAUUUUUUCUUGACCUUGUUGGCUUUGAUCAUAGUCUCCUUUGUAAAGUGAUAAAAAUACUUGGACCUGCAGCACUUUUGUAUAUCUUCUCUGGAUCAAAAAAAAAAAGAAAAAAAAAAAUGCAAACCCAGAAGUGUUUCAAAGAUGUGGGGCAGAGCUGCCCCUGAUUCACUACUGAAUGGAUAAGGGCUGCCGUGGGAGUUAGCCACAGGUACUGCUGAUUACAGGGCCAGUACGUUUCAGUACCUGAAAGUAUGUCUUGCUGAGGGCUUGGGGUGGGUUCGGGGGUUUUGGGGCGUGGGGUUGGAUUGUCUGGUUUCCUUUUUUUCUAACAAACCUGGUUCGUGCCAACGUGUUCUCACUGAAACAGAGGUGUGCAAAACAAAGGCUGAAACAACUCUGUAGACUUUCUUUGGCCUGUUCUACUGGGUUUUGCUGUUGGAAUUCUUUCCAGUCUGGGAACAAGAUGGUAACUGUUGGGCUGCCAGCAGAGCUGAUGCCGGACAGCCUGAGCUGCCUGUGCCUCUGCUCAGAAGUUGGCCCUGGGAGAGGCAAUCCCGCUCGGCACAGGGUGGGUCAGGCUUUCCCUGGCAUCACGGACAUCAUGAAUGCAGCUGCCAGUGGAAGGUGUGUCAGGCGGCCUUUUUUUGCACCCUCUUCCCAAGUUUCAAAGUGUUUAAUGAACCCAAAUGGAACAUUAUGCCAAACCUGUAAAUCCCCUCAACCCAUCAGUACUGCUGUACCGUUGUGUACAUCACUGUGUGCACCAUGAAGUGCUGAGAAUCUGUCUUGGGUCAGCAUGAAGAUCGCACUCCCUGCUCCUCUAAACCAAAUGUUUUCUCUUGAGCAGCUGGCGAGAAAUCACAUCUGUCCUUUUGUCUCCUAAGGUAGGAAAUAACCAGUUCUUGGUCUUCGUGUUAGAAACACACAAGGGAUAGGUCCACGUAAGGAUUGGCAGAGGCUAAGCAGGGAUGCUUUGGGACUGAUGUGAAAGUUGGAGCCAUCAGUCCUUACGGAGCAGGGCAGUUUCUCUCAUUUUAAGAGCCAGUUGCACAGAAUGUCAUUUUUCACCAGCAGAGCUUUGCACUGCCAACACAAGCCCGAGUGUUCUCUUCCAGGCUGGCAGGAGCUUCCUUUUCCUUGGGACCCACCAAGGCCUGUCCUGCUGCACCUGUAUUUGUCAGUAUUGUCAGUGUUAGCCUAGCACUUCUGUUCUUAGUGGGUGGGAUCUCCCCUCCUCGCCUUCAGCCAAGAUGAUUCCUUCGGUUACAAACUUCUGCACUUCCUCUGGCAGAUCCCAAAACUAUAACUGCCUCGUGCUGCUGUGGCAUCUUCUACCUGAUCCCACCAGAGAAAGACCUGGGCUGUAGCCAGACUUGAUGUUUAAGGCCCUUUUCCCUUAAAAGAACCCUUGUUCUUCUCCCAGCUCCCCUUCGUCUGUUGGCACGAUGCUUGCCUGGAUCUACACACUCCGGAAAGAGGAGCAGUUAUGAUCUUAAGCUGUUGAGGAGCUUUCCAGUGGGCUUCCUUGGUUGGUGGAAAAUUACCACAGAGCUCUAUUAGAGCGUAGUCUGGCUUUUCAGGAGUUCGCUGGAAGACCAGCAGAGAUGGGACCUCUGAAGGCCUGGUUGCUCAAUGUUCUUUUUUUGUGACUGUAGGCAAAUUCCUUGGUUCUCUGGUUUUCUCUAAGUUACAUGAAUUUCAAGGUUUAUGGUUAGAAACGCACUGCAAAAGAAGCGUAUGGCUGUUGGGGUGGGCCAUGGGGGGAAAUCUGCCCCUGCUGCCUCUCACCUUUUCAGCCACUCCUCCACUGUUUCAUCUCUAAUCGAUGUAGCACCAGUGCAGAAGUUGGCAAUGCAGUGUAAUCU